AUGACUAUUGAAGAACGGGUUGCCGCCACUGAUCCUCAGAAGAUCUUCCACUACACUGAUCUUCAGCGAUCAAAACCUACUCGCGCCAACGAUCCCUACGAAUAUUUCGCAGGAUGGAACAAUAGGCACCAGUCCGAGGUAAUUCCCGGAGCUCUACCUAUUGCACAGAACAAUCCCCAAGACCGAGGCUUUGGCCUUUACACGGAGGGUUUGACGUCGUCUUUCUUUGCGGCUCCUCGACAUGCCAACCAGAAUACCUACAUGUAUCGCGCCAGGCCGUCAGCAGCGCACUCUGGUUACGUCGACCUAGCAACGCGGUCAAACAUCGAGAACUGCUUCUUAUCCCUCAACACAAAGGUCGAAACAAUCCCGGCGCAGGCAGAAUGGAAACCAUUUCCCCUGCCUGCUGCCGAUGACCAGAUCGACUUUACCGAUGGACUGCAGACACUAGCCGGCAGCGGUGACCCGAACCUGCGCGAGGGUGUCGCCCUGUACGUCUAUGCCUUCAACAAAAACAUGCCCGGCAAGGCUUACUGCAAUAUCGAUGGCGACUUCCUUCUCGUGGCCCAGCUCGGGAAUCUCGAGAUUCAAACGGAAAUGGGAAGGCUCUUCCUUCAACCCGGAGAGAUUUGCGUCAUCCAGAGGGGCAUCCGGUUCCGCAUCGACUUGGCUGCCGAUGUUCCUGUCGCUCGCGGCUUCAUUGUUGAGGUCUGGGGCUCAACAUGGGAGCUGCCCGACCUUGGCCCCAUUGGAGGCUACGGUCUGGCCAACGCGCGCGACUUCCUGUAUCCGAAGGCUCACAUUGACGAAGACCUUCAUCGCGAAUUCACCAUCGUAGUGAAGAACAAUGGAAAGCAUGUCGGCAUUAAGCAGGACCAUAGCCCCUUUGACGUGGUUGCGUGGCACGGUAACUCAGUGCCUUACAAGUACGAUCUUACAAAGUUUGUGUCGCAAAACGCCACGUCAGUCGACCACACCGACCCCUCCAUCAAUACCGUUCUAAGUGCCAAGUCGAGGGACCCGAACACUUCUCUUGUUGACUUCCUCUGGUUUGGCCCUCGCUGGGACGUUGCAUCGAACUCGCUCCGCCCACCCUACUUCCAUCGUAACUCCGCCUCGGAGUUCCUGACCUGCCUGACUCUCCUCUUCACUGAAUGGGCCCGUAAAGACAGUGGUGUCCUCGAGGCCCAGGGAACGGAUGCCAGCGCAUGGGAUAAUCUACCAGACCGAUUCUCCACCAACCCCAGGAUCCAGGAACUCUUGAAGCAAGUGAAGGAAGACGAAGCUGCUGAGCGGGCUCGUCGCGAGUUCUACCACAACGCCAAGUUGCGUGACUAG